CUUUUAUCAGAGUUUCAUUUAGUUUGUGUUGUGUUGCUAACUUUGUGAUUGUCGUAAAAAUUGUCAACAUCGCGUCCCACAUUUCUGCAAGAUAUAAUGUCGUAUUUUUCUCCUAGCACUGGCUCACCUGCCGCUACUUGGCAAACUACAGGUCCUACAGGAAGUGUAUAUGAAACUGAUGCAAGAGCUACCAGCCCAAAUAGCAAUCGACAGACAAAACUUGCCCAGCAGAAAGCAUUGAUUGAAAGAAGGCAACAGCAAAAGAGAGCACAGUCAGGAAUUAUGAAAUCCAAUGAUAUGUUGAGACCUGUUUCUGCUCGUCCUGGGACUGGGGUAGAUCGAGGAAUAAUAUCAAGUGGUAUUGGUGGCACAAGCUAUCAUUCUACUAGUCCCAACGAUGGUUCAAUAACUAUUGUUCCCCGACGAAAAGAGCCAGAAGUAGGGUUGUUGGUGAAUGUGGGAACUGACAACAAAAAAAUCAAAGAAAGUACAACAGAGACAGAAAGGCGUUUAGCUGCUAUGGGACUGAACACUACCUCAGAUUAUUCUGCAAAUAAUAGUCACAAGGGUGGUUUCAAUGAUGAUGAAUUGGAAGAGGAAACUUUACCAACAAUCUCACCUGUGGAAAACCUCUCCUCUAACUCUUCUUCCCAAGGUGGAGAGGAGCUUAACCAGAAGACACAUGGUGAACUUAAAGAUGAAACUUCUGAGGAAAAAGAUGUGGAAUUUGAUGAUCUUGAUGAGUUUGUUGAUGGUGCUGCACCAAAAGGAGUUACUGUGAAAUGUAGGAUAUCUAGGGAUAAGAAAGGAAUGGAUCGUAAUAUGUAUCCUACGUACUUCCUUCAUUUGGAGAGAACUGAUGGAAAAAAGGUUUUUCUUCUUGCUGGUCGUAAACGAAAAAAGAGCGCAACAUCAAACUACUUAAUAUCUACAGAUCCAACUGAUCUUUCCAGGAAAGGUGAAAGUUACAUUGGGAAACUAAGAUCAAAUUUAGUUGGGACAAGAUUUACAAUUUAUAACGAUGGGGUAAACCCAAAGAAUGGUGGCGUUAUGGCCGAUGGAUCAAAUAUCCGUGAAGAGCUUGGUGCAGUGUUAUAUGAUACGAAUGUGCUUGGUUUUAAAGGUCCCAGAAAGAUGACUGUUCUAAUACCAAGUAUGGAUUCUAGUGACAAGAGAAUUCCCGUUCAACCAAAAGUGGAGAGUGAUACUUUAUUGGAACGUUAUCGACAACGUGGUGGGAGAUUAGACAAUAUACUAGAACUUCAUAACAAAACACCUGUAUGGAAUGAUGACACACAGUCGUACGUACUCAAUUUCCAUGGACGUGUAACUCAAGCAUCUGUAAAAAAUUUUCAAAUAAUCCACGAGAACGAACCUGAGUACAUUGUGAUGCAGUUUGGCCGCGUUGCAGAGGAUAUAUUUACCAUGGAUUACAACUAUCCGAUGUCUGCAGUCCAAGCAUUUGCAGUUACCUUAAGCAGUUUUGAUGGAAAGAUUGCCUGUGAGUAAGAUUGAAAAGAACUAGUAAGAGGAAGAUCGAAUUUUAAAAAUGAAUCCUGUGCGUAUUCUAUAAUUUGAUUGGAGAGGUGAUGAAAAUUAUUUCAAUGUAUAUCUUUUAAUGGCGAGGCGGUUAAAUUGUCUGAUAUUUUUACCUUUGAACUUUGCUGAGAUUACAACAACAUAAUAAAAAUGCGAAUCAAAAUAUUGAAUUUCUAAUAUUUGUUUGGUACAGUGAUUAACAUUAAGCAAUCUAAAACUACUUUAAGUAUGUUAUAAUCAAAGCAUUAAAAUGUACUUAUACUUAUACCAGUUUAAAUGAUUUAUAAAAAACUUGAAUUUUAUUGUACAGACAUAAAGUAUUAAAUAAUUAUUGUGUUUGUAUUUUUAAAAUAAAUUAUUUAUCAAGCUCUUUUAAUGUA